AUGUCAGUCGAGAUCGCUCUCGGCACCCCGCUUGCGGAUGCCCUUAACACGGCCAUCCAGGGCAAGAUCGCAGAGCUGGGCUGGGCCGGCCCUGGCUCUGAGGUUUCUGCCAUGUCCGAAUACUUUGUCCUCAUGCUCGCCAAUGGCAAGACGGAGGCCGAAAUCGUUCAAGAGAUCCAGGGCGACCUCCUUGGCCUAGGUCCAGAAGAUGAGACUGCUCCCAAGUUUGCGCGAUGGCUGUCUGAGCAGGUUGCUGCCCUCAGCUCCCAGUCCGGCAACGGCGCUUCGGCAGCACCGUCUGGCGACGCCAUGGAUGGGAUCCGCGAUGAGUCAAUGACUGGACCAAGCGACGUCAACAUGGACACUUCGACCGAUAUGCCUGCUACGGGCUUGAAUGCGCCUACUGGUCCUAAGGCUAUGCGCAAUGGCAAUAACAUGAUGCGCGGCAGCCGCGAAAAGCGCUUGAUGGGUCAGAUCAGCCGUGCCAUGGACCGAUCCCAAGAUUCCGUCCUUCACCGCGUGCGCACGCAGUCUGGCAAUGAGCGAAUCAGCAGAGGCCCGCCGGCUGGUCCCAGGCUCGGUGUGGGCAGGCAGCCUCGGACGACCAAUACCCGUAUGGCCAGCAUUGCUGCCGGCAUGGCUAACAUGAGCGGGAUGCCGCAUCCCGGCGGUCCAAUGCCUAUGAAUCCAAUGAAUGGCAUGCCCCCUAUGCCUCCUAACGGCACCCCUUAUGUGCCCCCAGAGCUGUAUGCUAUGAUGGAACAGCAGAACCUCAUGCUUCAGCAGAUGCAGCAGCAGCUUCAGAUGCAACAGGCCAGCAUGCGUGGCGGCUUCGGCGGCCGGGGUGGCAGGGGCGGCGGCUUCCGUCGUGGUGGCGGUCAUUUUCAGCAACAGCACAACGGCAGCCAUGCGCACCCGCAACAGCAACAGUCACAGCAGGCAGGCUCCGAAGGGACACAAUCUGAGGGAGCUUCGCAGGGCGACGCCGAGAUGGCCGGCGCGAAGCCGAACCCAGAAGAGACGGUGUGCCGCUUCAACUUGAGGUGCCAGAACAAGGACUGCAAGUUUGCGCAUCAAUCUCCCGCGGCGCCUCCCGGCAUCACGAUCGAUGUCAAGGACGUUUGCAGCUACGGUGUGGCCUGCAAGAACCGUAAAUGUGUGGGCCGGCACCCAUCACCAGCGGCCAAGGCGGCCCAUCAGAGCGAGCAAGACUGCAAGUACUGGCCCAAUUGCGCCAACCCUCUCUGCGCCUUCCGGCAUCCGACAAUGCCCCCGUGUCGCAACGGUGGUGAGUGCAAGGUACCCGGCUGCAAGUUCACUCAUCUCAAGACGCCGUGCAAGUUCCGGCCCUGCACCAACCGCAGCUGCCCUUUCCUGCACGAGGAGGGCCAGCGCGGCACAUUCCAGGACAAAGUGUGGACGGCGGAUGGUGCCAAGGAGCAUGUCAGCGAGCGCAAGUUUGCCAAUGAUACGGGCAACGAGGAGCUGGUGCUGCCUGGCUCAGGACAGCAGGAGGAGAACCAGACGGAGACGGAGGUUAUCAUGUAA